AUGGAUGCAGUGACUGCAAUGGGAGGUGUCACUAUUGAUGGAGAUGGCACUAUUACGUUCAGGGACGUUGGUAUCGGAGCGAUGGCUGAGGCCAAGAAGGAGCUGUGCGUGAAGGAAACCUCGGAGAAUGGCAACGAUGAGAUCGCUAUUAAUGAUUGUGACUUUAAUGCGAAAUUUGUUGAUGGAAAAUGGACUGUUGAAUGGAAUUGGAAAGAUGGCGGUAAAACACCUAAGAUAAAUAACCAAGUACCUUCAUACUCAAUUUCAAAAGAGGCAAGGGAGGCGUUUGACGCUGAAGUGCAUGAUUGGAUAAGAGACGGUUGGCUCCAGCCUUAUGACGGGGAGUUUGAUGGCUUAAUUCCUUUAAUGGCGGUCGUGCAACAUAACAAGGACAAAGUGCGACCUGUAAUGGAUUACAGGGAAUUAAAUCAGUAUGUUUCAAGCCAUACAGCAGAGAGUGAGGUUUGUGGGGAAAAGCUAAGGAUGUGGAGAAAGCUAGGAGAACAUGUGAGCACUAUCGACCUUCGUAAGGCCUAUCUCCAAAUCCAUAUUGCUCCUCAUUUAUGGAAAUUCCAAGUGGUCCGAUUAAAGGAUAAGAAUUAUUGUCUAACGCGACUCGGGUUUGGUCUAAAUGUCGCACCGAAAAUAAUGAGCAAAAUUGUUAAUAAAGUGCUGUCAAUGGACCCAAUAGUCCGAAGUGCUACGGACUCUUAUGUUGACGACAUAGUGGUGAAUGAAAACAUUGUUGACGGUGAUGUAGUAAAGAAGUUGUUGGAAAAAUAUGGGCUGUCAGCGAAACCAGUGGAGCCACUUGAUGGAAGUAGGGUUUUGGGGCUUAACGUUUCAAAAAAAGAUGGCAAGUUGAUGUGGACCAGAGACAACAAGAUAAAAGCUUUGGAUAAAAUUGAGACCAAGAGGGAUGUGUACUCCUUGUGUGGGCAGUUAAUCGGACAUUUCCCGGUGGCUGGUUGGCUUCGACCAGCAUGCAGUUUUCUUAAGAGACAAUUGACAGAUUUGAAAUGGGACGAUGUGGUGAGCAACCGAAUCAAGAUAAUGUUAGGAGAUAUAAUGGAAAGCGUAAAAGAAAAGGAUCCUGUGUUUGGAAAAUGGGCAGUGUCAUCUAGUGACAAAGGAACUGUGUGGUGUGAUGCUAGCAGCUUGGCGAUCGGUAUUUGCAUUGAAAUUGAUGGUGAAAUAGUUGAGGACGCGUCUUGGCUAAGGAAAGAAGAUGAUUCGGCGCAUAUUAACUUAGCUGAGUUAGAGGCUUUGUUGAAAGGAGUGAAUUUAGCUUUGAAAUGGAAUUUGAAGGAGUUAUACUUGGUCACAGAUUCGGCCACCGUUUAUGCUUGGGUAACAUCCAUAUUAACAGGAGACCGACGUAUUAAAACACAUGGGAUGGGUGAAGCUCUUGUAAGAAGACGGCUGGGUUUGUUAAAAGACCUCAUAUCAGAAUGUGGCCUUAAGGUGAGGAUGGAUCUGGUUAAAUCGCAAUUUAACAAAGCAGAUCGCCUGACGAGAGUUCCUAAAAAGUGGUUGGCAAGAGAGGAGGAAAAGAUCAGUAUUGCAAUGAUGGGUGAAGAAGAGGAUGAGGAUAAACAAAAGUGGAGGUGUAAGGGCGAACCUGUAAAUUGUGACGAUGAGCAACUAAGAACUGAGUUUUCACCUGAUGAACCUGUGUUUGUCAAGCCUAAAAACUCUCUAUGUACUACGAGAUGGAAGCCUGGUGUGGUCUCACGGCAGCUCUCACAAACCAGCGUAGAGGUUGAUGGUAUGCCACACCAUAUUGCUGAUGUUCGUCGUGCUGGUGAUGACACCACGGGGGCGUGUGCUUGUGACAUAAAUUAG